AUGCCACGCUUCUUGGUACCACGCGCGGCUGACAGCGUCAUUGGCGGCGCUGAUCCCACCAAGUUUGAAACCUCGAAUCCGCUUCGACUCUUUAUCAUUCAAGCUGCCAUCAUCAUUAUUGUCACUCGCGUCCUUGGCUUUGCCCUCCAAAAGAUCCGCCAACCUCGUGUCAUCGCCGAGGUCAUUGGCGGCAUCUUGCUUGGCCCAACCGCCAUGGGCCGCAUCCCUGGCUUCACCCAGCACAUCUUCCCACCCCCCUCUUUGCCCUACCUUAACCUCGUCUCCACUCUCGGUCUCGUCCUCUUUCUUUUCCUAGUCGGUCUCGAAGUCGACGUGCGCGUCGUCCGUCGCUGCGCAAAGCCAUCCAUCGCCAUCAGUGUCGCAGGCAUGAUCUUGCCUUUUGGCUUGGGUGCCGCCGUCUCGGUUGGCAUAUACAAUUCCUUUAUCGAUAAGAACAACGUCUCGUUUGGCCAUUUCGUCCUCUUCACCGGUGUCGCCAUGGCCAUCACUGCCUUUCCCGUGCUAGCACGCAUUCUCACCGAGACCAAGUUGCUCUACACCAAGGUCGGCGUCAUUGUGCUCGCCGCUGGUGUCGGAAACGACGUCGUAGGCUGGAUUCUGCUCGCUCUGACCGUCGCCCUCGUCAACGCCGACACCGGCCUCACCGCGCUCUACAUUCUUCUCUGUGCUGUCGGCUGGGUUCUCAUCCUUUUCUUGGUCAUCAAACCCGCCUUGAUCUGGCUCGCUCGCCGCACCGGAAGCUUUGAGAACGGUCCCAAUCAAGUCAUGAUCAUGAUCACCCUCUUGCUCGUCCUCGUCAGCGCCUGGAUCACCGACAUUAUCGGCGUACAUCCCAUCUUUGGCUCUUUUCUCGUCGGCCUCAUGGUCCCUCACGAAGGUGGCUAUGCCAUCGCUCUUACCGAAAAGAUGGAAGACCUCGUUCUCGUCAUCUUUCUGCCCAUCUACUUUGCCCUCUCCGGCCUCAAGACCAACCUCGGCGACCUCAACUCGGCCAAAGCUUGGGCGUACACGGUGGCCAUCAUCGUCAUCGCCUUCUUCUCCAAGUUUAUCGGCUGCGCCGCCGCUGCCAAGGCUUUUGGCUUUAACCUGCGCGAGUCGGCCGCCGUCGGCACCCUCAUGUCCUGCAAAGGUCUUGUCGAACUCAUCGUGCUCAACAUUGGCCUCUCGGCCGGCAUCUUGGACACGCGCGUGUUUUCCAUGUUUGUGCUUAUGGCCGUCGUUUCAACCGUCAUCACCACGCCAUUGACACUAUGGGUCUACCCAGAGAGCCACCGCACGCGUCUCGACGAUGCUUCCAUCCACUCGCACCACGCACAUAAGAUCACUACCGGAGAAGAGGAGGAGAAGGAUCAAGAUACCAGCUCGCGCCUGUCUCCCAAGCGUCUGCUUGUGGUUCUCACCAGCUUUGAACAUCUUCCGGGUCUCAUGACGCUGGUGCAGCUCAUGCAGCCCACCUUGGCGGCUGCCAACACCUCCUCGAGUGAUUCCACUGCUUCGCAUGGUUUGCGCCAUCGACGAUCCAAGCAGACUUGCUCCGCUUCCGAGGGCGAAGCAACCGAAAAGGCUACCGAGACGGGCGACGAGGACGAUCCCUCGAUCAAUGGCGCCGAAUACCAGACUCCUGUCUUGGCCUCGGAAGCGCCCUAUGCUUCGGCCACUGCCGCACGUUGGCACGCCCAGAUCAGCAUCGACGCUCUGCGACUUGUCGAACUCACCGACCGUACUUCAGCCGUGAUGAAGGUGUCGGAAUCAGAAGACACCAUGCGUGCCGAUCCCAUCAUCAAUGUCUUUCAGACAUUUGCGCAUCUCAACCGUCUGCCUGUGCAGUCAACCAUGUCGGUGAUUCCGCAGGAAGAGUUUGCCACAGCCGUCACGCGUCGUUGCAAAGCUGCUGGAUCCAACUUUAUCAUUCUGCCAAUGACAUUGGCGCAGCCGUCUGCAAAUGCGCAUAGCGGAGGCGCGGCUGCUAGCGGAAGCGGAGCUCAGGAUGCUGCUGUUGCAGGUCCUUCGUCUCCAUUGGCUGCUACGCUUUCCAACCCUCUCGAGAGUUUGUUCGGCGGUGGAUGGGCGUCGGCGCCCUCCGAGGGACUCAAAGGACGCUACUCGGCACAGCAUUUCAACGUGGUUCGCAAGAUCAUCCAGACAGCCGAGACGGAUGUAGGGCUGCUGAUCGAGCACAAAGCUGCACUCGGCAACCACGGCGUGCAGCAGCCUCCAUUUUCGCGUCUCGGAGAGCAGCCUAUCCUGCUAGCGUUCAUGGGUGGACCCGACGACCGAGCUGCGCUGGACCUCGUCGCUCGGCUGUGUGCCAACAAUCGACAACUUUCAGUGCUCGUGGUGCGCAUGAAUCGCAUCUCGUCAGAAGAAGCUGGUGAAGACCAGUUGCCCACGGUGCCGCCCACAGUCCAUCACGAGCUGAGCCUCAGCUACGCCCAACAAGCAGCGCUGCGAGUGGGCGGUAGCAACAUGGAUACGCUCUACCCCACACAACACUCUGGCGCUCGUUCAGGCGCUCCACUGCAGUCGGCGCUCGAAGCGACGCUCGAAGACGACCUCGCUCUGCAACGCAUUCAAGACCAGAUCGCAGCGGAUCGAUUCAGUGGUCGGCUCAGCAUCGAAACGGUUUGCACGGCUCGACCGCUUCGCCAGCUGAUCGAGUUGGCCGAGAAGCACCAGCCGGCAUUGGUGGUGGUGGGAAGGGGAAGAAGAAACCCAACGCAGACGCAUAGAGAUGAACUCAAGGCCAUGAUUCGCCAACGUAGUGCAGCAGCCGAUGCGGUCGACAGACAGCUCAACAGCGAGAUUACAAAGGUGAUCGGUGAAGCCGCCACUAGUUUGACGUUUGUCAAUGCGCCGAGUAGUACGUUGGUGAUUGCAGCCGGAUGGAGUGUGGCCAGCUCGUAG